GAGCGGCCACUAAGAGGAACAGAAGGAGUGUGAACCUGUGAGGUGAAGCAAGCAGCUCGGAGUAAAACAAGGACUUGGGGAGCUGGAUACUAAUAUUUUUUCUACGGCAACGUUGGAUAAAAACGAGAUUUAAUUUUUGGAAUUUCCGUUAAGAUAAAAGAGGAAGGUCUUGAAAACUUAACUGCAUCACUGUACUAAAGGAAAUACACUCUGGCAGAUCACAGACUCUACAAAGAACUCUGAAAUUUGAAACUGCAGGAACAUCAGAGCUGAAAAUGGGAACGUGGAGGUGGUGGUUGUUUUUGUGUGCCCUCGGGAUUAUACUUUUUGCUCCAUGCCGGGGCAUCCAAAACUGUGUGGAUGGCAUUACAGUCAAUGUGAUUCUCCUGGAGGAUGAAGUGUCUCCCUGGAGUCUGAAGUUUGUAAAAGGGGAAAUAAUGAAGGCCAUAGAGACAGACGCAAUCCUCAAUGAGGGUGAUGAUUUGAAGUUUAAUAUAACACCUAAAUUUGGCGGCUUCAAUACAACCUUAUAUCGAAAUAGAGGCUGCAGAAAUAGCGCGUGUGAGGGAGUGGCCCAGCUAACACAACUCAUGAAUUCAAGUAACUUGGGAUGUGCAGUGCUUGGGCCCACCUGCACCUACGCUACUUUCCCUAUGGUUGAUGCUGAGAAAGGUCUGAAGCUCAGCACUCCCAUCAUCUCAGCGGGAAGUUUUGGCAUGUCCUGUGACUUUGCGCUCAACCUGCAGCGCCUCCUACCGCCCGCACGCAAGAUCUCUAACUUUUUCAUCCACUUUUGGAAACACAGCAACACAAUUAAGCCUCCCUGGGAGACAGCCUAUGUAUACAAGACACAUAAGGAAAAUACUGAGGAUUGCUUCUGGUACAUAAAUGCACUGGAUGUAGGCUCAGGAAUGUUUGCCCAAAAUAUAACUAGAACAGUGCUGCGCAAACCAGAAGAACUGAGGGAAGUGAUUGCAUCCCCUCAAAACAGGACGAGCAACUUGUUCAUCAUUUGCGGAUCACCUCAGGACGUGAUUGAGGUGAAAAAUGGAUCCAAAGAAGCCGACAGCAGUGAAAUUCUCUUCCUCCUUAUUGAUCUCUACAAUGAUAUUUACUACAACACGUCUUCAAUGCCUUCUAUGAAGAACGUGUUGGUGUUGACGAUGCCAAACACUCGAAACUACACCAUCAAUAAUGACCUGAGAAGCAACAACACGAUGAAUGAUUACAUGGCGGCGUACCAUGAUGCAGUGCUGCUAGUUGGAAAGCUUAUCAGGGAAAUUGUCAAAACAAAUCAGUCAUCCGAGUAUCAGAAGGAAUAUGUCAAUGUCAAUUACUUCAGAAACGUCUCCUUUGAGGGAAGUGCUGGAACCUACAAGCUGGACGAGCAUGGAGACAGAGACGUGGACCUCUCAGUCAUUUACACCACGACUGACAACGAGUACGAAUUGUUAUUCAGUUUUGACACUGAGUCCAACCGCACCAAAGUGGUGGAGACAAACCCUUCCUUCAUCUGGGGAAAUAGACUUCCCAACACCAAGCCGGACCAAGACCUGCCUAUACGUGACAUCAUCGUCAUCAUGUUAGCUGUUACUGUGGUUGUGGUAACGACCAUCGCCUUCAUUUUCUAUAGACAGAACAGAAGGGACCGUCUGGUCAGGAAGCGUUGGUCCUACAUCCCCUCACACCUCAUCACGCUGCUGGAGAACAACGAACUCAACGUUAUUUCUCUGAAGAUUGAAGACGAAAGGAAAAAGAUGGAUUUCAAAAUUCGCCGUGCACUCUAUGAUAAGAAGAUUGUGAUUCUGAAGGAGCUGAAGCACUCGGACGGGAACUUCAACGAGACCCAGAGGGUAGAACUGAAUGCACUCCUUCAGAUCGACUAUUACAACCUCACAAAGUUUUAUGGCACGGUGAAGUUUGAUCAGGGCGUGUUUGGAGUGUUUGAAUACGGAGAAAGGGGGUCGCUCAGGUAUGUGCUGAACGACAAGAUCUCCUACCCAGAGGAGACCUUCCUGGACUGGGAGUUUAAGAUCUCCGUCAUGUUCGAUAUUGCCAAGGGUAUGUCCUACCUCCAUGCCAGUGACAUCCAGGUGCACGGUCGCCUCAAGUCCACAAACUGUGUGGUGGAUAAUCGCAUGGUGGUGAAGAUCACAGACUUUGGCUGCAACAGCUUCCUCAGCCCUGGAAAAGACUUGUGGACCGCUCCGGAACAUCUGAGGAAACACGGAACGUCUCAGAAAGGAGACGUGUACAGCUUCUCCAUCAUCUCUCAGGAGAUCGUCCUCAGAAAGAGCACCUUCUACAGCGAGUGCUGCUCCGACAGAGAAGAAAAGCUAUCCAGAGUCAUCAUGUCCUUCUUCAGACCUGAUCUGAACUUUGAGACGGCUUCAGAGAGAGAGUCAGAGGUGUACAUGAUGAUUAAAAGCUGUUGGGAUGAAGAUCCAGAAAAACGGCCUGACUUUAAGAAGAUAGAGAUCUGCCUGGGGAAAAUCAUCAGUAAAAUUCAUAACCAGGACAACGAGAGCUACAUGGACAACAUGAUCAGACGGCUGCAGAAUUAUUCCAGAAACCUGGAGCACCUGGUGGAGGAGAGGACGGUGCUCUACAAAUCUGAGAGGGACCGAGCAGACUGCCUCAACUUCAUGCUGCUUCCUCGCCCUGUUGUAAAAAGCCUGAAGGAGACUGGCAUGGUGGAGCCUGAGCUGUAUGACGAGGUGACGGUUUAUUUCAGUGACAUCGUCGGUUUCACCACUCUGUGUCAGUACAGCACGCCGAUGGAAGUGGUGGACAUGCUCAAUGAUAUCUACAAGGGCUUCGACAGCAUCGUCGACCACCAUGAUGUUUACAAGGUGGAGACGAUAGGUGACGCCUACAUGGUGGCCUCUGGACUUCCUAACAGAAAUGGGAACAGGCACGCAGUUGAUAUCUGCCGCAUGGCUCUCGAAAUCUUGGCCUUUAUGGGCACCUUCCAGCUUCGACACCUGCCUGGCAUCCCUGUGUGGAUACGUAUCGGCGUCCACUCAGGUCCCUGCGCUGCGGGUGUUGUGGGGUUAAAGAUGCCCAGAUAUUGUUUAUUUGGAGACACGGUCAACACGGCAUCUCGUAUGGAGUCUACAGGUCACCCCUUGAAGAUCCACGUCAGCGAGCCAACUAUAAAUAUCCUGCAGAGGACACACUGCAUGUACGAGUAUGAGAUCAAAGAAUCAUAUCUGAAGGGUGAAGGUACAGAGACAACCUACUGGUUGACAGGUGAGACCGGCAAAGACUACGAUCUCCCGACUCCUCCCACAACAGAGAACUUCCAGCGGCUCCAGCAGGACCUGGCACAGAUGAUCCUCUCAUGCCUGGAGCGCCGCUCUCGAGGAUCCGUCCGGAGAAGGACGCCGCUCUCGAGUCAGAGCACAGAGGACGACAAGGAGCAGGACUCCGAGGUGGAGUCUGAGGGGGAGCAUCCCGAGUACCUGCAGCUGGCCACUGUGGAUAACACCCUCAGUACCUUCCUGUAGCACUUACCUGCUGUAGAGCCCAUCACUGUCACAGACAGAGGUCAAGCUGUUUCAUCUGUUUUCAAACUUAACGGUGGCUACAAGGAGCAUACAAGUCAAUUAUUUAUGUAAUUUAAGCUCCUUGUACAUAGCUACAGUUUGUACGGAUCUUUUCUGGUCCUUCCAGUUACGCAAACUGAGUGUGAUAAUAAUAAACUUUUUUUUAAGAAGCAUCUCCUCUGAAGAACAAUAAAAGGGCGUUUACAGGCCGUGCUAAAAUCUGCAUCGGUGCAGACCUGGGAGUGUUGAACAGCUUUAUCCCACUCCACACUCAGAUCUUUGAUAACACUCUUUGCAUGUGAGCAACCGUGUGUAUGCAGAGGGUGCAGGGGCUGGUUUGAGAAUGGACCCUAAAGAGCAGAUGCAAUUACAAGAGGUGUCAGAAAGUAUGAAUGUGUAUUUAAGCAGCAUGAAGUACAAUUAUAAGAUUAGGUUCUACUGAUAUGGUCCAUUCUUUAUAAAACAUACAAGUUCAACUUUAAGCUCUAAGGAGAUAGCUAAGUGGAGUAAAACGUUCCUCACUGAGGGAGAAGAAAACACUUAUCAGGUGUUUUUUUCCUCUUCUUACACUUCAGCACAACUGUUAACAGCAACCGCUGUUUUUACACGAUCACUUUUACACUUUAUGCAGGAAUAUGAUGCAGAGAGAGAGAGAUAGAGAGAGAGAGAGAGAGAGAGAGAGAGAGAGAGAGAGAGAGAGUGGGGAAUGACAUGUGGAAAAGCAGCCACAGACGGGAUUUGAAUCUGGACCACUGCCUCUGCAGUCUGCACACAGGACGCCCAAACUAACCAUUCAGCCAUCGUCUAUUUUGUGCAUCAGAAAAAAGAAUCUGGCACUCCAGUUAGUGAUACGUUGUUUUUGGGAAAGGAUGCAUUCAUUGUGAUUGAAGACAGUUUGUGAUGGUGCAGAACAUGACCCCAGCUUUGUUCUUGUUAAUAACUCUGAUUGAUGCAUACAAGUUUUGUGACAUUCUUUAAAAUGAAAUGCAAAUCAAAGGC